GCGGCCGGGGCGCUCCCGCCGCUCCCGCCGCUCCCGCCGCUCCCGCCGCUUCCCCGCCGCGCUCCCGCCGCUCCCGCCGCUCCCGCCGCUCCGCCCGCCAUGGCGCGGGGAACGCGCCGCUCGCCGCUCCCGCCGCGGGGCCGGCGCCGCCCGGCAGUCAGAGCUGGAGGUAUGAGAGUGUCUAAAAAGCAAGAAAACGGACCGGUGGAGAAAAACGCUAAAGCUGCAGGAAAAGAAAACGCGAGCGCCGUCGCCAGUUUUGCGAGAACUCGGCCCAUGGGUGUGCUGCUGGCCGAAGUGCUGAGCAAAAUGAGCCACAAAAUUCAUGCAGCAGCGUUACAAGUCGCUCACCAGAAGCCACGGCCUGCCUUGGAGAAGUUCACACUGCCUAGAAGAAUUCGCAUUAUUCAACAGCCACAGAAAUGUUAAGAUACUUAUUAAAAUACUCAUGUUUACUUAAAAUUGAGUUUCUGUUCUGACUAGCACUGAGCACACUGGGGUGAAAUGAUUAAAAGCUGUGCCUGGUAUUGUACUAUAUUUCUGCUACUGACAAUAAAAUACUUAAGAAGAAGA